AUGGCCCAAAAUACAGUCCUCUCAUCCUCCGCCACCCCCCUGGACCCUAUAAUACCCAACUCCAACUCCUUCUCCAUCGACCGGACCUCCUCCCGACCAGCAGCAACGAUGUCUACCUCAACAUCCAAACCACCUCCCCCCCUCGACCCCUCCAACUACCCCAACGGCAAAAAAUCUCUCGCCGGAAUCUCACUACGGGCAUUUCUACUCGGCACCACCCUCGGCCUCUCCAGCUCCCUGACCAUUGUCCUCUGCUUCCUCGAAAUUCCCCUCUGGCGUAUCCCAUUCUUCCUCGCCUCCCUCGCCCUCUUCCACUUCCUCGAAUACUAUGUGACAGCCGCCUACAACACCCGCUACGCCAACAUUUCCGCCUUCCUCCUCUCCUCUAAUGGCUGGGCAUACAAUGUCGCACACAUCUCCGCCGCGCUGGAAUGUCUCCUAGCCCAACACUUCUGGCCGACCGCCGGUUACCUGAACUGGGGAGCUAUCGCACCCGGCCUCAAGAUUCAGGUUGCGCUGGGCCUCGUCCUGAUGAUUAUUGGCCAGGUCGUUCGCACGUUGGCGAUGGUGCAAGCGGGAAGUAAUUUCAAUCAUACGGUGCAGGUCGAGCGGAAGGAGGACCAUAGACUCGUUACGCAUGGCAUCUAUUCCGUUCUGCGUCAUCCCAGCUACUUUGGGUUCUUUUGGUGGGGAUUAGGGACGCAAUUGGUACUGGGGAAUGUGGUUUGUUUCAUCGGAUAUACCUUGGUGCUGUGGAGGUUCUUUUCUAGUCGGAUCUUUCGGGAAGAGAAGUUCUUGAUCGCCUUUUUUGGAGAUGACUACGUUGAGUACAAGAAGAGGUCGUGGGUGGGAAUCCCAGGCAUUCAUUGA